AUGUCCAACACGGAUUACCAGCGGACUGAAUAUCUAAAUCUUCUGGCCUCGUUGCAACCGGAGCAAGCCGUAAACAUCCUCAAUGACCGUGUCACGCUCAUUACCAAGAUCAACAGUGACAUUGCCGAUUGGCUUCAGGAACGUCGGAAGGUAGAGGAGGCCUAUGUCGCGGGUCUGCGGAAGCUUGCGCGAAGGCCACAACAAGAUGGAGCCGCCGCUCUUGGCAUUUUCCAGAUGCCCUGGCAGCGAAUUGUCUCCGGCACCGAAAACCUCGCGGCAUCGCACGAAACCCUUGCUACCAAGAUCGAAACCGACGUCGAAACCCCCUUGCGCAGCUGGGCGACACGGAACAAAGCAAUGCACAACCUAAACACCGCACAGGGAAACCUGAUGUCGAUUGCAAAGGAGCUGUCUAGCGCACAGAGAAAGGCUGCAAAAGGUGGAAGACGGGCUGACACAGCCAGCUCAACGGUGGAAGAUGCCUCGCGUCAGUGGGAAUCACAAGCACCAUAUGUCUUUGAACAGUUGCAAAUCGUGGACGAGUCGCGAGUCAACCAUCUACGAGACGUUCUUACGCAGUUCCAGACACACGAGGUCGACUGUAUCGAAAAGAAUAAGGUUAGCGCAGAGUCUUGUCUGAAUGCAUUGCUCAACGUCGAGACGGCGGACGAAAUAAAGACCUUUGCAGCAAGAGCCGUCAGUAGAGGAGCCGGCACCCUGAGAAGGCUCAGUUCAGCGACAGCUGGUGGAAGGCCGACCAGUUCCUCAAUCCGUGCUCCGCCAACACCGCCGCCACCGCGGGGCACAUCUGAAGGGCAGAGUCAACGCUCAAAUUCUUUUGCUGGCCAGGAUAGACUGGCUCCAUUGCCCGAUGCUCCGCCACACAAGGAGAAGAGCAAAUUGGGUGGUCUCAAGCGCCUUGGUACGGUCAUGAACAGAAGGAAGAGCACCGCUCCGCCAGUGCCUUCCACAGAAGAGAAAAGGAGGACUCGAUUUGUGCCUUUCAGAAGAGGAGAUUCAUCCCGGAGCUUCCAGGACUUGGAGGAGUCAGGACAGGGUCUUACACCGGCUGCGACUCAAGAUCGGCCGAUGUCUUCAGUUUCUCAAGAUCGACGACACGAUCUUCCCAUUCGAGACAUGUCGGAGCCACCGCUGCCUCUACCUCUAACUAAUGGAACUACCCAGCCACAAAGUCCUUUGGAAUCGCAGCCGACUGUUGCUCCAACUCAACCUGGCUUGGCAGACAAUAUCAGCCCGCCACCUGCCCAGUUCAGCAACAACCCAUAUCAACAGGCUAUAUUCCAUCAACCACCCGUCCCUGAGACCACGAGCUCCAUGGCUCAGGCUCAACAAGAGGCAGCCUUCGUUUCCGGCCCAGCGGACGAAUCGGCCCGGAACUUCAUGAUCCGGGACAAGCCGAUCGAAGAAGACGAAAGCGAAGCUCAACUAGCGAUGAACAACAUGGCCAACCAGCUCCGCUCACAAGCACAAAAUGCCGGCAUUAACCGUGUCCAAGGAAGUGUGAGAGGACGAAGAGACGUGCGAAAUACAAUGUACAUCCCGAGCAGCACGGAGGCACUACCGCACACAGCUCGCACUCCUGGGCCCAUGACUAUACCGGAGAAUGCCAGCUCGCCCGAGGUUACCCUUGCGUCUCCUAUUCAAAGGCCAGCGGUGGUAGCACUUUCCCAGGACGAACACGGUGCAAUAGGCUCCGACACCGCCUCGAUGCACUCAUCCAGAAGUCUAGCCGGCCCAAGUCCACAUCCCGAUCUACACGAGCCGGGCCUUAACGCCUCUGUGAUCGAAACUGUGCAUUCCUGGUUUACCGAGUCUGGCAUCAGUAGGUCCUUCGUCCUCGGCGAGGUGGCGCUCGCAUGCAACCCGACCGGCCUUCAUGACCCAGAUACUGAAACUGUCCGCAUCCAGCAUUUCGAACUGCUCGACAAAGUCGCCGCGAACCCCAUAUUCAUGAGCCAGAUCAAGUCGCCUGAAGACUCAGCAGCUCAAGCUGAGGAACGGGCUGGCUGCUAUUCCGUGCUUGUCUCCUCGCUGAGGAGACCGACCCCAAUGAUCUGCUUGAAGUACCAACUACACAUGGAAGAGAGCAAUCUGGCCCGGUACAGUCCGGUCCUAAUCACACCGGCGUGGCAAAUUGUCGAGGGACAAGUGAGUGUAAUUGUGCUGUAUAGUCUGAACCCUGUCUUUGGCAACGAGCCUCUGACACUCAGAAAUGUGCACAUUAGCGUGAAUCUCAACACCACUGGUGAAGGGACAGGCAAAGCGAUGUCUGCCAUGAUGGCGCCAACCCAAGGCGCAAGCUUCCGCCGCAAAGCUUCAUCAGUGGUGUGGCGCAUGAACGAGUUCACGGUGAAACCAGAACAGGAGCGCUUUCUGGUUCGGUUCAUGACCCAAGGCGGCAUGGCGAAGAAGGGCGGCGUCGAGGUGAAAUUUGAGAUUCCUGGACGAACGGCCAGUGGUGUCGGAGUGGAGAAGCUCGUUGCAAAGGAAAACGACCCCUUCGCCGACGACGGAGGGGCGGUAGAGGAUGCAGAGGCGGUGAAGAAGAGCUGGGAGACAGUGCCGACCAAGUCGAAGUUGGUUAGUGGACGGUACACUGCCAGCUGA